ACUGCAGCAGAGUAGGUGCAAGAUACAUGGAGAAAGGAGGUCAGGAGAGCCCACCACAUCACGCAAAGUCCCCGUCCCUCCCCCUCCCGGCGCCCAGGACGGCAUACGGCCAGAUGCAGGAGCACGACGGAGGCAAGAAAAGGCGAGAGAGGGAGGAGGGGAUGCAGAGUGACAGGAUGGCGUGGCCGCCGCCACCCCACGACCCUGAUCCGUCCGGACGCAGCAUGACACAAGUGAGAGAGAGCGAGAGAGAGAGCGAGAGAGAGAGCGAGAGGGCCCCGAGCUUUGCGCGCGGCGCGCACAUGCGCUCGUAAUGGCCACACCACAUGCCUCCUCUCUCUUUUUUUUUCUCUCUCCCUCUCCCUCCAGAUUCGCCCUCAAAUAUUACACUAGAUACUACAGUGCGUGCGGUCGUGCAUAACGAUCAGCCCAACCCUCC